AUGGCGAAUCAUCACUCAACCUCAGCCGGACCCUCAAAUAUGCCUGAGGCAGUACGCCCGAUGGGGCUUGGCAGAAACGUCGUUGUAGAGAUUCUGGACGACUCUGACGAGGCUGAUCAAGAAACAGGAAUCGCAACACAAGUUGCAAGGCAGGUUCAAAUCCAACUGCCAACCUGUAUACCUGCUAAUUGGUACCAUCACAGUGCAUCAUCGGCUCCCAAUUCCUUCAACCAAGAGCAAGCAUUACAAAACGAGCUUGCGGAUAUCGAAGCUGAAUCUGCGGCUUAUAAAGCUGAGCUCGCAUCUUUCACAGCUGAAGCUGAGGAACACAAAGUCAUGGAAGCGAAGCUCGAUGCUGAACGUGACAAGAUGGAAGCCAAAAGCAAGGAACUCGAAGUCAGACGUCGUAGACUCGAAGUCGAUUCUGCGGCAUACGAGAAUAUGCGUACGGAAUACAAGACCAGACGUGACGAGCACAUCGCCAAACAUGAACAACUCAAAGCCACAUUUGCGGGUCUCAAGAUGAAACAUACGUCCUACACUCGCAGAAGGGAGCUAGCACGCCAGUCUCAAAACGAAAUCAGCCAUACCAAGAAUGCCGACCAAACGCUUCCGGACUCACAAGCGAAUAUCGAAAGACCUGUGCAACGUCCUAUCAGCUCCCAACAAGGUACUCCUCAACUCCAGCGAAUCCGCGCCGAAGUUAGAGAAGUAAUUGAUGUUCCAGGCGAAGCUCUACAGCAGCUGGGGUUCGCACCCAUAUCUUCUACAGGAUCUCCAGGCGAACUUCACGAGGGCGGCUCGGCCUCAAACCUGGAUGCAGACGGAGACUCUGCCAUGUCCCUGGCCCCCGACCAGAUGUCCGCUGAACCCCAACCUCCCAAGAAGUUCCGCAUGUCGUUUCAGGAAGAAUCUUCAAGCUCUUCAGAACCUGUGCCGAAAGCAAAAUUGUCGAGGCGCAAGCCAUGUAGCUCAAGAAGGCCCACCAAGAAGAAAUAG